CGCACAUGCGCAGUAUCCGAAAAGCGGGACUGGGUCUCCUGCUGUCCCGACGCUUCCUGGUCCGUUCGAUCUGCCGGUAGAAUCGGCUCGGCUCGGCUGGGUUCCGGUCCACGCUUCAUUUUUAUCGGAUAAGCAGCCUGUGAAAUGAGCGGCGAUCACCUGCACAGCGAUGCCCAGGUGGAGUCCGGAUCCUGGGCGAACGCUGACUCCCACAGACCGAAACAGAAAGACAAGGAGCGCAGGCACAAGGACCACAAGAAAGACAAGGAGCGGCUGAAGUCCAAGCACGCCAACAGUGAGCACAGGGAAGCGUCUGACAAGAAACACAGAGAUAAAGACGGAGUAAAACACAAGGACAAAGAGAGGAGGAAGGAGGAGAAGCUGAAGGCGGCCGACCUUCAUGUGAAGCCCCAGAAGCAGAACGGCUUUGCCAGCCCCCCUCAUGUCAAAGAGGAGCUGGAUAAUGACGGUUUCUACUCCUCACCCAAACGAGAGAAGCCUGCUGUGAAGCGGGAAAGGAGUGACAAUGACUCGGAGUUCAAACCCAAGAAGGUCAAAGUUGAAAAUGACAAGAAGCUGAAGAGGAAGCGGGAAGAGGAUGAUGAGGAUGUCAAACCCAAGAAGAAAUCCAAAGAUAAGGUUGCAGUGGGUGAUGGCAAGAAGAAGGCGAAGAAGGAGCCCGAGGAGAAAUGGAAAUGGUGGGAAGAGGAGAGGUACACAGACGGCGUGAAGUGGAAGUUUCUGGAACAUAAGGGCCCCGUGUUUGCGCCACUAUACGAGCCUCUCCCUGACCAUGUCAAGUUCUAUUAUGAUGGAAAACGCAUGAAGCUGAGCCCCGAUACUGAGGAGGUGGCCACGUUCUUUGCCAAGAUGCUGGAUCAUGAGUACACUACCAAAGAGGUCUUCCGGAAGAACUUCUUCAAGGACUGGAGGAAGGAAAUGACCUCAGAGGAGAAGUCGAAACUCACAGACCUGAAGAAGUGUGACUUCACGGAGAUGAGCGAGUACUUCAAGGCUCAGUCGGAGGCCAGGAAGCAGAUGUCCAAAGAGGAUAAGCAGAAAAUCAAGGAGGAGAACGAGCGGAUCCUCCAAGAGUAUGGCUUCUGCAUCAUGGACAGGCACAAAGAGCGUAUCGCCAACUUCCGCAUCGAGCCGCCCGGCCUGUUCCGCGGCCGCGGUGACCAUCCCAAGAUGGGCAUGCUGAAGCGGCGGGUUCGGCCCCAGGAUGUCAUCAUCAAUUGUAGCAAGGACUCCGCCAUCCCCAAACCUCCCCAAGGAACCAAGUGGAAGGAGGUGCGACAUGACAACAAGGUGACGUGGCUGGUGUCAUGGACGGAGAACAUCCAGGGCUCCAUCAAAUACAUCAUGCUGAACCCCAGCUCACGCAUCAAGGGGGAGAAGGACUGGCAGAAGUACGAGACUGCACGGAGGCUCAAGUUGUGUGUGGAUCGCAUCCGGAACCAGUACCGUGAGGACUGGAAGUCCAAGGAGAUGCGGAUCCGGCAGCGCUCCGUGGCACUGUACUUCAUUGACAAGCUGGCCUUGAGGGCGGGGAAUGAGAAGGAGGAAGGCGAGACUGCUGACACAGUGGGCUGCUGCUCGCUGCGGGUGGAGCACAUCAACCUGCACCCAGAGUUGGACGGCCAAGAGUACGUGGUGGAGUUCGACUUCCUGGGAAAGGACUCCAUCCGCUAUUACAACCAGGUCCCCGUGGAGAAGAGGGUCUUCAAGAAUCUCCAGUUGUUCAAGGAGAACAAGCAACCGGAAGAUGACCUCUUCGACCGCCUCAAUACCUCCAUCUUGAACAAGCACCUCCAGGAGUUGAUGGACGGACUGACGGCCAAAGUCUUCCGUACCUACAACGCCUCCAUCACCCUGCAGCAGCAACUGGAGCAGCUCACCAAUCCGGGGGAGAAUCUUGCUGCCAAGAUCUUGUCCUACAAUCGGGCCAACCGGGCUGUAGCGAUCCUGUGCAACCACCAGAGGGCGCCACCAAAGACCUUUGAGAAGUCCAUGCAAAACUUGCAGACCAAGAUUGAUGCAAAGAAGCAGCAGCUGUCAGACGCGAAGCGGGAACUGAAGAGCGCCAAGGCAGAUGCUAAGGUGCGGCAGGACGAUAAGGCUAGGAAAGCCGUUGAGUCCAAGAAGAAAGCUGUCCACAGGAUAGAGGAGCAGCUGAUGAAACUGGAGGUCCAGGCGACGGAUCGUGAGGAGAACAAGCAGAUCGCUCUGGGUACCUCCAAGCUGAACUACCUAGACCCGCGCAUCUCGGUGGCAUGGUGUAAGAAGUGGAACGUGCCCGUCGAGAAGAUUUACAACAAGACCCAGCGGGAGAAGUUCGCCUGGGCCCUCGACAUGGCCGACGAGGACUAUGAGUUUUAGCUCGACUUUCGGAUCUCCGUUCAAUGAGAUUCAACUUGUGUGUGUGUGGCAUCAUGCAAUCUCCCAGGUGACUGGAUGGGAGGCGACCUUAGGGAUCAUGCUGGGAUAACGGGAAGCGUGUCCAUUUGAAACUGGAGCUGGCUGCCGAUCUUCUGGAGGGGGGAGCUUCCUGAUGGCCACGUAAAGUGUCCUGUGAGAUACCGGGAGCAGAUGUAAACUUUAUUUGACCAAAACUGGCUCCGCCUCACCCACUCCCUUGCAAGGACCUUCUGCUACCCUUGUGACCUUUGACCUCUAGUCGUCUACCUACUGUAUUUCAAAAUUUUUUUUUUUUUUAAACUCCUGCUUUUAUCUUUUAUUGGUCUAUUUUAUAUUUUAAUAGAGAACAGUAAGGAAGAGCUUGUUUGCCAGUGGGGGACAUGUCUGACGCGGGGCCCUUGUCUGUGUGAGAGUGACUUUUUUUAACUUAACUGUAUCAGGACUGUAUGAGAAGAACCAGUUUAUGGCCAGGAUGGAAGAACUGAGGAGGAAGUGUGAGCGUGAUGUUUUAUAAGCUUCUUGGAGACAAUGUGAACUGCAUUACAUUUUUGGUCUUACAGUUUCUAUCAGGGACUCUUGAGUGCAAGAUUUGAAUGGAUGAAUUUUAUGUGCAUUGCCUAUGAUAUAGGAUUGUCAGUUAUUGCUAUGGAGAAAGACCUUUUUGGUUUUUACCUUUUAACAACUUUGUGGGGAGGGAUGAAAUCCUAUCGCUGUUACUUGAAAUUAUUUUAAUAUGCUGUUGUGAAAUAUCUUUCCUCAAAGGGUUUCUGUGGAAACCAGCAUGAGGGAUAUGAACUUUGCCAAAAAAUGAGAACCCUGUGUUUAAUGGUUUUACUUGCUUUUUAUUUUGUAGGCGGGUACAUCAAUGUGAAAUCUCCAUGAGCUUCACUCUCUCUGAUUUUAAAAUGUGGGGGGGGGGGGCUAGCUUAUUAAUCCAUCUCCAAGUUUUUACCAGCUUGUUCUGUAAUGCUUUUCAUUUUAUAUAAUUUUCCUUUGCUGAUUGUAGGUUAUUUAAAUAAUUAAGCUAAAAAAAACCUUCAACUUC